AUGUCUGAAACUAGUCCUCAAAAACGCGCUUCCGAAGUCGAAGAGGAGGCCCCUGAAGCUAAAAUUGCCAAAUUAAAAGCUGACAUUAAAAACUCAGAGGAAGAAACCCACGUUGCAAACGGGCAGGAGGCAGAAACAGAGAAACAUGUGGAGGCCGAAACCGAAAAGGGGGCUUCAGAGGAAAACGGAACGACAGUUGGCGAAGCGGUUGAACAAGUGUUGAACGGAAAUAUACAAGAGGAAGAUGACGAGGACGAAGAAGACGAAGACUAUGACGACGAAGAAGAGGAUGAAGACCACGGCGAAGUGGCAGAGGCUGAGUUUGAGGGAUAUGAUUCGGAGGGCGAGGAUGAAGAGGACGAUGACGAAGAAGACGAGGAAGAAGGGUACUCAAAUGAUGAUGGAGCCGAAAACGAGGAGAGCAACGGGGUCGAUAACGGUGAAGCUGAAGACGCCCCGGCGCCAGAUGAGAGUUAG